CUCUCUCUCUCUCUCUCUCUCUCUCCCUCUCUCUUUCUGUCGCUCUUUCUCACAGAAGGAGAUUUAACUUUACAAAGGCGACCACAUUUCAGUCGGUAAAUGGUUUGCUGGGGAGAGGGGAACCAUCAUAUUCAAAGAGAAGAGAAAAAAUACGAGACUCUGGCAGCUCCGUUUUUUCCCCCUACGAGCGGAGACCAGUUCGCCAGAAAAUGAUUGGGUAUUUUUCAAAUGAGAAAGUCUAAGAAAUGUCUUUUCCCGUGGAGGACACCGUCAGCAUCUCAGCAAUAAUGUACAGGCGAAAACAGGCGAGUCCUUUCGUCCUCCAAACAAUAUCUGGAUCGACAAGAACUCAAAGAUCCCAGAGUGCUUAAUGCCAUUAACGCCUUUACCAACAUAAACGCUGCCACCGAGGGACCCGUCUCGACCGUCACUCUUCCAUCUCCUCGUCGCGACUGAGAAGCUACUGCCGCACAGUUUUUGACCCGCCUAUCUAUGGAGAAUCUCAGUGAACUCCAGAACCCACUGCUGGACAAAAACAGCAAGCACAUGGUCAACGGCUAUGGGGGAGAAUAUCCCAACAACCAGUACCAGGAAAACAUUAUUAAUUACUUCGCUGGAGGCGGAGGCGGAGGAGGAGGAGGAGGAGAGGGCGGAAAAGUGAACAACGGGAAUGUGGUGAGCGGAGGAGGUUACAACGGCAACGGGAAGGUGAAAUCUCAGCAGCUUUUGGACGCCACCUCGCUGCAUCUGGCAGUGGAGGCCUUCUACAGGCCCAACUUCAUCCUGUACAAGGAGGACAGCGGCAGCAUCAAGGCUAAGGAAUACAAAAGUGAGUGCUGCGAGACCACCUUCACAGAGAAGAAGGCGAAGGAGGCAUCCAACACCGCGGGGGCGGACACGCCUGGCACGGAGGAUCCUCAGACGAAGCUGCUGGAGGACGGCGAGCACAUCAAGAUCCAAACUGUUUCCUACGAGGUGGAGGAGGAGGAGUACGUGGAGUACGAGACGGACUGCUCCAGCGACAGCGAGAGCGAAGACAACUUCAUAGUGGUCCCUCCGCGAGACCACCUUGGCCUGGCCAUAUUCUCCAUGCUUUGCUGCUUCUGGCCUUUGGGGAUCGCAGCCUUUUACUUCUCGCAGGGGACCACCAAGGCAGUGAACAAAGGUGACUUCCCACUGGCCAACAUUGCCUCCCGGAGGGCUUUGUUCCUAGCGGCCCUCUCCAUCACUAUAGGCACCGGUGUGUAUGUAGGGGUGGUGGUAGCUCUCAUUGCCUACCUCUCUAAACCAGGACACAUAUAGCAGUCGGCCCCUUCCCUCCGCGCACACCUCCGGGGAGCCCAGGAGAAAAGCAACCCCCUCUGCACCCCCUUCGGGGAAAACGUCACCGCUCCUGCAGACUUUAUGGAAAGUUUUUCGAGGAUGUACAGUCUUCUCCCUCCACCUUCUUUUCUUUCCAGUCUCUUCUCCCCACAGGCUCUCUGUCAUCCAAGAUUAACCACAGAGACUGGAGAGAGGUCAAGCUGGAGGGUGAGAAGAGGCGGAUAUGGAGACGGACAAACUUUCUUUUUGUUGAGACGGAGGGUUUGAGUAAUGGGAGUAUUCCACGUUGGAGCCCUGUUUGCAUCCCGUAGACAUAAACCCAUAUCUUCUCUUUUGAACUGAUUCUACCUUUCAAGACCAGAAACUUUGAAGAGAGAAAGAAAAAAAAAGAAGCUUAAAGAACACAAGCGAUUACUUACAAGAAGGGGCCGAGGAAGCCUGAAAAUCGCAAAGCAAGUCACACACUUCAACAACCAACACUGUCGUCAUCUGAGCUGCUGUUAAAACUGGAGCGUCUCUGAGGAAUCUUACCACCUGUCAUCUCAGUUCGCCACCGAGGACUGUCUUAAAUAGAUUCUGAUCUGCCCUCAUCAACUCAGAAUUGCAAGACUCCAUUUGGCUGACUGCUUCACAGUUGAGGAUAAAAAAAAAAACAAAAAAACAAAACACUGCAUCCACAUCUGUCUUAAAUCCCGACAAAGGAGGGCUUUAAAAUAGACUAAAAAAAUGGUUGAAAAAAAAAAAACAGAUGUUGUGUCUUUCUCAUUAAAAUAUAUGCACUGGCAUGAAAUACAAGACUCUCAUUGGCGCGUCCAACCUGCAGUUCUCCAAGAACACGUGGAAUCUCCUCCUGGUUUGCCUACAUACAUGUGCGCUGUUUUUUCAUGUUUGUCUAUUUUUUUUGUGUGUGUGUGUUUUCCCUGCUGCCUGAAGGCAUCUUCGUUAAUCUGGCUCUGAGGAAUGUUCACUUAUUGCCUCUGAUUUGAAGCACAGAUGUAAGGGUUUUGAGAUGGUCCGACUUUCAGAGCAAAGUUUCUCCAAAAAAAAAAAAAAAAAAAGAUUAAAUGCAUCUGCCAUUCAGGACCAGUGAGGAAGUUAUAAAUCAGGUAGAUAAUGUUGUUAAGAGCUAAGCCUCUCAUAUCCUCCGGGGCUGCACAUAUAAUCAAAGCGUCGCAGUCGGACUGCUUUGAAUUUAGCUCUGAUCAAUUAUUCUUUGCAUGGCUCUGGCUAUACAAGCAGUAUACUGCUGUGCAUGAUUGAUUGGAUUUAGAGCUUGUUUUUGUCAGAUCAUAAAACAGCUUAAAUGAAAAUUGAUCAGGGUGUGAAGGGGCUCAUAGUUUGAACAAUACUUUAUCCAGUCCUGACUCCCCCUAAUAAAACAGAGGACAUUUCAUUGCAAUAAAAAACAAGACAUUUUAAUCUGUGCCAUAAGGCUUUCCAGAAUUCUUACAGACACUCCACAGACAAAGUCACAGAUUUUUUUUUUUGAAAGAAGGGCUCUUAAAUCAUAGAUUUUCUGUUGUUGUUGUUGUCAUAUUUCAGUUUCAACGCCAGACAGGUACUAGUUCAAGCGAUGAAGCCUUGGGAGGUGACACUGUGCACUUAGCUUCACUGCACAGGUUUGCAUCAGUCAUACCUGACAGUUAUGGUGCACAAUUAGCUCCCUGUAAUGGCUUUUUCUGAAGGAAUGUGUAUUCUCUGGAGCAUAGCCCUAAAAUAGCACAACCACAUUAAUUUCACUAAUAAGCCGCUUUUCGGUGUCGCUGGCUGCUGUCAAAACCCGCAAGUAAACAGUCCAUUUACACAUCCUUGGCUCUGUGAGGAAUUUAAGCUAUAACUGUAAGCCGGUUCUGUUGUGCUAAUGAAGACUGAAUAUAUUUUUGUCCCCUCGAUUUCUUUUUGUUCUUUUCAAAUUUCUUUCUCUCGCUGCCUGUAUGAGUGAACAUUAAAGCCAGUCAGAAAGAGAUCAUGAUGACCACAGAGAUCGAUUCACCUCAUGGAGUCUGAACAUGUUCGGCAUCGUACCCUCCGACCCCUUCUGACCACUCUCCCUAAUUGACGACCUGCUAAGUCGAGCGUCUGCGCACGUCACUAAGUACAGUGAACGACUCCGUACGUCCACUGUCAUCCCCUGGAGACGAUUUUAUUGCCGAUAAUGAUGAACAUGCUUUGUGUCACGUGGCGUGCCAUUCAAAUGAUGUGUUUUUCUCUGGCUUAUUUGGCAACCUGGUAUUGUGCUCAAUGUGUUACAACAGUAUGUGCGUUUUAAUGCUGUUUUUUUCCCCCCACCGCGAUGAGCCGCGCAUCCAUGAAACAGACGUUUGCCGAACACAUUCCCCAACGCCAGGGUGAUAGUGAGCUCUCUGUGUCGUGCUCUUUGGCCGAGUUAAAGAAGAUGACUUCUUUUUGGGUUGUUUUUUUUUUUUUUUAUGUUUGGGGAUUUUUUUGUCGUCCCUAUCUUGUGUGAAGGCAACUUGUACAUAAUGCAAAUAAAGAUAUGUUCAACUGUAAUGACUAAUAAAUCAGAAAGGGAGGAUGACCUUUCUUAAAAGCAAA